AUGGUCAAUUAUCAGGCUGAAUUAAUUGCCUUGGAGAAGCAGGACGUUGAUUUCGCUGACCGUGCAGCGCAAGCAGGUUGGAAGGAUGGCACGACUGCGGGGAGGAAAGAAACGGGAUCUCAACUUACUCUGCACUUAAUACUCGUGGCAUCAGUUGGAAUCGCAAUAACAUUUUUGAUCAUCACCUGUUUUCGCCUCACCAGCACACAGCGAGCUUUGCAAACACAGUCGUGGGUACGGCUGGCUUCGAGCAAGGAAGGUGGUGACGAUGAUGGCAUGUGCCCUGAAUGGAAGUUACCGGAGGAGGCUGAGCAAAGGCAGCCUCAGACGGAUGAACGAGGAGAGCUGAUGGCGACGGGGGAAGGUGCGCAUGAGGGGCAGGGAGAGCCAACGGAAGGGGUAGCGGGAGGAGGGGAAUCGUGCCAGCAGGAAGAGUCUGUGGGAUGCGAAGGAGAGCGAGAGAGGAAGCAGUUUCAGGAUGAUCCAUUGGGAGGGGCAGGAGGGGGAGCGGCGCCGUACCAACAGGGAGCGCCGGUGGGAGGGGCAGCAGGGAUAGGGGAGCAGCUCGAGGAACAUUCAUUGGGAGGGGCGGAAGGGGGAGAGGCGCCUCAGCAGCAGGAAGAGCUGAUGGGAGGGUCGGCAGAGGGAGGGGCGCAGCGGCAGCCCGUAAAUUCAUUGGGAGGGGCAGCAGGGGGAAAGGAACCGCAGCCGCACGAAAAGCCAGUGGGUGCAGGACCAAGGCCUGGUGAUAUCCCAGAAGGAAAACGAGAGAAACCAAUGUCAACUCCUGCCCCAGGUGAAGAAACAGGAGGAGCAACGGCCCCAGAAGUCUUGGAAGAGUCUACCUCCGGAGGAUCUGGUGCGGGAGCUUCGUGUCCUCCAAGGAAGAGAAAAAGGAAGACCAAGCAUACGGAGACUGCGACACGACCUCCGUUGCCCCCCUAUAGGGAUCCCUAUUUGGGUUUGAAUGCUCCCUGUGAUUCCGAUGAGGGGGAAGACGACGCUCCAACAUAUCGCUGGCCCACGGGUUUGCUUUAUGACAUUAGGGGCCCUACGUUGGAAGGACCUCCACCGCCAGCCAAGCGUGAGCGUAUUUUGGGGCAAAAGAUGGCCAAGGGUGAUUCCCAGGGCGACGCCAAGGGUAAAUCCAUGGAUAAAACCAAGGGUGGCACUAAACCGGAGAGCCAGUGUGACGAAAAGAAGGCAAAGGACCAACCAUCCAAAGUACACGCGCUAACGCAGGUUGUUGGGCAGUGUGUGAGCUAUGCAGAGGAGUUGGAUGCAGUGAAGGGCGCGAGUAUGGAAUCAGCCAUGUGGCUUCUAAGUGCAGUAUCCAGGUCGCUUACUGUGCAGGUAUUUGUCGCGCGCCAAACCUCACAAUCGGGAGAAACUGAAGAAGUUUGUAGUGUGGCAGAAGCUGCAGUUGCUGCAGCACGGGAGUGGAUUGUGAAGCAUGGUGGAACACCGACGGAGGUCCAUCUUCCCGGGGAGGCUCCUGUCACGGAAGAAUCUAGGGACUCCGUUUCCGUCCGGCUGCUAGUGCUCCAGCUGGCCAGCUCGAGGCUCACUGAACAGUUACGGCAAUGGAAGCCCCGUCCAUCUGCGGAUUACCUACACGAAUGUGAGAAGCUUCUAAAGAUGGCGCAGGCGCUAUUAGCGGGGACAGAGCAUAUGCUUGAAUCCCUACUCAGAGAAGGGCAGCAUGCUGCUGCUGAAGUUCUUACGCAAGCCUUGGAAAGUUUUGAAGACCUCACCGACGAAAUGCAAUCUGUGGUGACGUGGAAUGGGACUACGAAGACAUUUGCCGUUGAAAUCCCGACUAACCCAGCCGUAUCUGUCUUGGAUAGCUUGGCUGCGGCAAAUACGGCGGCUGAUGGUUUGUUGGCUAGCAUGGCUGGCGGCGUAGACUCAAGUGUGCGGAAGAUUGCAGUGGGGCAACUGGAUAUUUGGACGCAGCUGUUGUCCUCAGCCGAGGUUGUCCUAGGAGUAGAAGGCGUAGAUGGUUCUCUUCUUCAGAGUUGCAUUGAUGCUGCCUUGGGUUUGCGGGAAAGGAUCGAUUUAAUUCAAGCAACUCUGUCCAGUACUAGCACGCGAUGA